GAUGAACUGGUGGUGUUUUGCUGGUCCGUCAGUUGGUCCCGGCCCGAAUACUUUUCAAGAACAACGAAGAUAGCUUACGCUAUAACAACUUGUACAUUUUUCAUCAUGAGUUGUACAUUAUUCGCUGGCCGACCUCAAUUAUAUCACCAUUUUCAUAAAAAUCUUGUAGAGACACAGAUCGGAAUUGGCGCCCCUUUUCUUCCGCACUGUUGUUUCUCAAUCUCUCUCUCUCACCCAUCUCUCUAGGUUUGAAAUCUUGUUUGGUACAGGUGUUUCGCGAUGUCUUUGCGUAGAAGAACUUUGCUCAAAGUCAUCGUUCUUGGCGACAGUGGGGUUGGUAAGACGUCAUUGAUGAAUCAAUAUGUACAUAAGAAAUUCAGUCAGCAAUAUAAAGCUACAAUUGGAGCAGAUUUUGUCACCAAAGAACUGCAGAUAGAUGACAGGCUUGUAACUUUACAAAUAUGGGACACUGCUGGACAGGAGAGGUUUCAAAGUCUUGGUGUUGCAUUUUAUCGUGGAGCAGAUUGCUGUGUUCUAGUGUAUGAUGUAAAUGUGAUGCGAUCUUUCGACACGCUUGAUACCUGGCAUGAGGAAUUUCUCAAGCAGGCAAAUCCAUCAGACCCCAGUACUUUUCCUUUCAUAUUGCUUGGCAACAAAAUUGAUAUAGAUGGUGGAAAUAGCCGAGUGGUUUCUGAGAAGAAGGCAAGGGAAUGGUGUGCUGCAAAAGGGAAUAUACCUUACUUUGAGACAUCUGCAAAGGAAGACCAUAAUGUGGAUGCUUCAUUCCUCUCUAUUGCCAGAACUGCAAUGGCAAACGAGCAUGAACAGGAUAUAUAUUUCCAGGGAGUCCCUGAGGCUGUACAAGAAACAGAGCAACGAGGUGGUUGUGCAUGUUAAUCAUACGAAAGAAUGAAAGGAUUCAUCUCAUACUCGUUUGUUGGUGUGUUGCCACCCUUGGCAUUUUUAUACGUAAGGUGGCUCUCACGAUUGGUAGGACAAUUCUUGUGUUUUUUCUAUCGUUGUUAAGUGAUAGCGGUUUUUCCCCUUGUCGGAACGUGCAUGGUUUUUGUGUAUCAAACUUAAUCGGAGUGUUGAAUUUCUUGUGAAGGUUCUAUUGAAUUUUUGGGAUGUUUUCAUCAACUGUAAGCUACUGUUGCUGUUUCCAUGGAAAAUUAUAUGCAUUUUGAGUUGGUUUGGAAAUUGAAGAGCUGAAUGAUUUAUUCAGCCCUUAAGUUGU